GGUGAAUCUGAUAUCACGAUGAAGUCAAGCGAUGGCGUACUAUUCCGAGUCCAUAGGAGGAACCUAGAGAUGUACUCCGAGGGCUUCCCGGGAGAUGAUCUUGCUACACAAAAUGAAGUCGUGCAGCUUAGCGAGACCGCCGCGGCACUGGAACUUCUGUUCCAGUAUAUGUAUCGGCAGCGGCAACCUGAUCUAUUAUGCGUGCCUUUCGAGACACUGGCUCAGCUCGCUGAAGCCGCGGAGAAGUAUCAGGUCUUUUCGGCUAUCGAAGUAUGUAAGAUGUAUAUGAUGACAUCUAUCCCGUUGCAUCCUGUCGAAGUCCUAGCAUAUGCAGGUAGACAUGAUUAUGCGACACUUUGCGAUGAAGCUGCUCCUUUGACCAUCAACGCGUCUGUGGAAGACAUGUCCAAACACCUUGGCCCGGCGACAUUUAUUAUCUGGGUC